GUGUUUGUUGAUAGAAAAAACAGUCGCAAAAACAACAAAGACAACGCAAACAGAAAACAAAUUUUAAUUGCUAAAAAAUCGAAUCCGAAGCACUACGCUUACUUACUACGCAGCCUGCGUACUUGUGAUUGUGUGUGUUUUUUCCGUGUAUUUCCGCUGGCGAGAAAGUGCAAUAAAUCUGGACAUAAUUGGCUCCGCUCCAGUGAAAGUGCUGUAUCCCCCCAGAAGCCCAGAGAAGAGAGAUAUACCAGAUACAGAUAGAGAUAUAUAAUCAGCAAAGAAAGAAUCAGCAAACAACAAUGACCACAUAUCAAAUGAAUUUCAAUCAGGACUUUACCUCCCUGUCCGUGUUGAGUGCCACGGGCUUGCGACUCUACUCGAUAGCCGGACAGGAUAAGGUGGAGGAGAUCUUUGCCAAGGACAAUACAGAGCAAAUACGGAUUGUGGAGCGUCUGUUCAACAGCUCGCUGGUGGUGCUGGUCACCUCGCAGAAACCCAAUUGCCUCAAGAUGCUGCACUUCAAGAAGAAGCAGGACAUUUGCAACUGCUUCUAUCCGUCGGAGAUUCUGUGCGUGCGCAUGAAUCGCCAGCGAUUGAUUGUCUGCUUGGCGGAGAGCAUACACAUCCAUGACAUACGCGACAUGAAGAUCCUGCAUUCCAUCGAGAACAUAGCGCCCAAUGAGCUGGGCCUCUGCGCCCUGUCCCUCAACUCACAUUUGGCCUUUCCCGUCUGCCAAACGAGCGGCGAGCUGCGCAUCUUCAAUGCGAAUAAGCUGAGAACGGGGAUGACCAUCAAGGCCCAUGACACGCCCCUCUCAGCGUUGACGUUCUCGCCCAGCGGGGCGCUGCUGGCCACCGCCUCGGAGCGGGGCACUGUGAUACGGGUGUUCUGUGUGAAGAAUGGCCAGCGGGUGCAGGAGUUUCGGCGCGGAGUGAGCUGUGUGCGCAUUGCUUCCCUGGUCUUUGCGGCAAGCGGCGAUUUUCUGUGCGCCUCCUCCAACACGGAGACGGUGCACAUCUUCAAGAUUGAUGCACGAGCCGUGGAGUCUGUGGAACUGAAGGCAAUUGCGGAAGUGGCUGCCAAAUCGGACAGUGCCUGCAAGGAUGCUGCAGCGGCGGCGGCGGCGGCACCACCACCAGCCACAGAAGAGGCCAGUGCCACGCCCGUUGCCAGUUGGGGUGGCAUGUUCUCCAAGGCGGUGUCAUCGCUGCUGCAUUCAACGCAGGUCAGCGAUGUACUCGCCCAAGAUCGAUCCUUUGCGACCGUGAUGCUCGCCCAGGCGGGACUCAGGCACAUCUGCGCGCUGACGCGCGUGCAGAAGGAGCUGCGACUGCUGAUAGCCUGCGAGGAUGGUUUCCUCUAUGUGCACGAGUUCAAUGCAGAGCGCGGAGGUAGCUGCAAGCUGCUAGCGGUCCACGAUCUGAGGGGAGCCCUCGAGGAUGUCAUCGAGCUGCAGCUGAGCGAGAGUGUGCUGCGGAUGCAGGCCAAGCCGGUGACCACGCCGCAAUCGCUGACGCUGCUGAAGAGCUGUGCGGCCAGUGUGCUCAUUGAGAAUCCCGAUCCGAUGCCGGAUAACAGCUACGCGAGCAUUCUCAGGGGAGAUCAGGCGGAUGCCAUGUCAGAUUCCGCCAAAUUUCGUAAACUCUGCGAUGCCAUCGACACUCCAACGAAGCUCUACGAUGAGCGGCAAUUUCCGCCCGUCGCCAUUGCGGCCAAAGAUUGACCAAAACGCCGCAGUUCCCUCAACAUGGUCUUUGUAGAGAAACCAUAGAAAAAUCGAAACCCAAAAAAAACAAUAUAAAACCCCCUAGAAAAGUUGUCCAAAAAAAUUUACUUUUAGUUCUGCUAACAAGCAAAAAACCAACAAAAAGGAAAUACUCCAAACGAGAAAAUAUUAACAAAAAAAAAGUAUUUUAAUUUAUAUUUAAACUAUAAGAAUUAAUCCACACAUUAAUUUCCAAUCGAUUUUGUAUAUAUACGCGUAUAUCUUUAACUGUAGAAACUUUCCCUAAAAUGUUUAACAAAUUUAUAACUUGGCUUUCUCAUUCCGUUUAUAUGUAACUCCAUUUGUCCAAGUAUUCUCAUAGAUUCUCUCUCUCUAAUGCAGUUAUACAAACUCUGUAAUUUUGUAUGAUAUAUAAAUAUAUUUAGUGAUAUAUAUUAUAAUAGUUAAUAGUUUAAAGACUUAGCAAAUUGUGCGUUAGAAGCUCAACAGAAAAUCCAAAAAAAAAAAACAAAAAAUAAAAAAUACAGGAGGAAAAGCAACAAAUAAUGUACCUUAAACAAAACUGAAUGAAACACUAAACGUAUUCAAUUAGCUUUGCAAAUAAUUAAUCUAACAUUUAAAUGUUUAACAAACAAACGUAAAUUAUAUUAUAUUAUAAAUAUACAAACAAAAAAAAAAAAAAGCUCGGAGCAGCGUAAUGUCAAUGAAAAUUCUUAAGUAUUUAAAAUAUGCAUAAAUUUCAAAAAAAUUAGUUAUAAAUUAUUAACUUUCGGCAUGACAUGACACGACAUAACUUAUAUAUCUUAUUAGAAUUGCAAUCAAUGAAAAAAAGCAAUUUAAAGAAAGAUUAAAGCAAUUUAUUAUGUCCAAAAUAAUUUUAUUUAAUUUAAUU